GAGGGUGGAGUCUCUCCCUGAGAGUGGUUUAACCUGUUCCACCUGCUCACCUUCCCUCUGCCCUCCUUCGGGCGUCAGCUGAUGGACAAUCAGGAAUCCUGCUGCGUCUUUUGUCCUCAGCAGCGACUUGAAUCCAGAGUAAAAGGGAAGAGGAUCCUUACUGAAGGCGGUGAGGUCGUCCUGGACUUGUUUUAAUAGUCCUCCACAUUUUGAAAGUGGCUCCAGGAUAUCCAGGGACCCAUCGGCACUGACUGCAGCAUGGGGUCGGAUGAGUCGUACAACUUUGUCUUUAAAGUGGUUCUGAUCGGGGAGUCGGGCGUAGGGAAGAGCAACCUUCUGUCCCGCUUCACCAAGAAUGAUUUCACCCACGAUAGCCGCACCACCAUCGGCGUGGAGUUCAGCACCCGUACCGUUCAGCUAGACCAGUUCACCAUCAAGGCCCAGAUCUGGGACACAGCUGGGCUGGAGCGCUAUAGGGCCAUCACCUCAGCGUAUUACAGAGGAGCGGUUGGUGCGCUGCUGGUCUAUGACAUCAGCAAGCACCUGACCUAUGAAAGCGUUGAGCGAUGGCUGAAGGAGCUGUACGACCACGCAGACCCUCACAUCGUGGUGAUGCUGGUGGGAAAUAAGGUGGACCUGGAGAGCCUCAGGACUGUUCCCACAGAGGAGGCCAAAGACUUUGCAGACAAGAAAGGGCUCAUGUUCAUGGAGACUUCCGCGUUGAACGCCACCAACGUCGAGGCAGCUUUCAAUGAUGUUCUGAAAGCGAUCCAGAAGAAGGUGGCGAGCAGAGAAGUGACCCGCGGCUCCAUCUGCGCCGUGACUCUGUCCAGCCAGCUUUCAUCAGGCGAGGCUCAGGGGGAACGCAAAGGCUGCUGCAAGAGCUCCUAACAGCCCAAAUGAAGAUUUCCUUCAGUCUGACGGCCGAGGCGGAGCAGUCAGUGUUCCACUUUUAUUUUAUAAAGAACCUGCAGAGUUCGUAGGUCAUUGAUUUUUGUGCACAAACGGAGUGGAAACACAUUUUAUACCUGAAAUAUUUUGGAUGGCUGAUGGGAAAUCUCUAUGUUAGAUUAGCUGUGCAGUUUUAUUAGACUUUUUUUUAUUAAUGCAUUGUUAAGUUGUUUUGUGGAAGCACACACAGGGAAUAAGUUGGAAUAAAUUAUUUAAAUUAUU